CAUUAAAUAGUUAAUGAGACGGGGAUGGACGAACGAAAACUGUUAAAGUCACGAAAAGAGGCUGUUGCUGUGCUUUGUGCUUGUUGAUUUACAGUUCUUUGAUUCGGAAGACUUAUUUAGGUUCUGUCGGUUUCUUCAUCAUCCUGAAUUUAGAGGUGCAGAAUGACAGAAAAUGUGCGCUCACUUCCAGUAGGACCUCAGCCAGAUAUUAGUUACCCGAUUCAAGUGCUUUACUGUGGAAACUGUUCACUCCCUAUUGAGUACUGUGAAUACCACCCUGACUACGACAAGUGCAAACAGUGGUUGGAGCAAAAUUUGCCCGAUGAAUUCGACAAGUUUGUAAAACUGUCGGGUGGAGGAGAUGAUGAUGGAGGUGAGGAAAAGAAACGGCAGAAGCGUGGUGGAAAAGGAAUGGUCAAGGCUAAGAAGAAGGAGGAUGGUCCUAAACAAGUUUGUGUGUCUCGAGCACCUAGAGGAAAGAAGAAAUCUGUCACAGUAGUAACUGGUCUAAGUACAUUUGGAAUAGAUUUAAAAGUAGCUUCAAAAUUCUUUGGCACAAAGUUUGCUUGUGGUUCUUCUGUAACUGGUGACGAUGAAAUCGUGAUCCAAGGUGAUGUGAAGGACGAUUUGUUUGAUAUAAUUCCAGAAAAGUGGCCAGAAAUCGAUGAAGACUUUAUUGAGGAUUUGGGUGAUUUAAAGAGGUAAAAAAAAACAAGAUGCCAAUGUUGGAAAUCGUAUUUAUUUUUUUUAAGUGCUCAUUCUCAAUCUGCCACAUCUACGGAACAAAUGUAUAUAUAAAAAUGUAUAAAUCAGUGAAAAUCAGUUAUGAAUAAGAUUUUUUACAAUUCAUUGUAUUAAAUAUUUUUAACUGUGUAUCACAAUAUUUUUUGGGCAAAAAUAAAAGCAGAUACCAAAAUA